CAACGAAUGUUAAUCAACCAAAAAACCCCAAACCCUAAUAUGGAGCUAAUAGACGGACACUCAAGCCCAAUAACGUAAAACCCUAAUUUGAAGGGAUUAGGGUUUUGUUAUUUGGUCGUCGGAGUCUAUAAAACGGCUUUCUACUUCAUUUCUCCUCAAAUCAGAUCUAAUCGGCGGAUUGCCUAUCAGAUCUUUGUUUUGAUUUUAGUAGGAGAUAGUGCUGAACUUCCAUAGUUGAAAAUGAGUCGACCAAUGGAGGAAGAUACAGUCAAGAACGAGGAAGAGGAAUUUAACACUGGGCCACUGUCUGUUCUGAUGAUGAGUGUGAAAAAUAACACCCAGGUUCUCAUCAACUGCCGGAACAACAAAAAACUUCUAGGCCGAGUGAGAGCCUUUGAUCGUCACUGCAACAUGGUUCUUGAAAAUGUCAGGGAGAUGUGGACUGAGGUGCCAAAAACUGGUAAAGGCAAGAAGAAGGCCCUUCCUGUUAACAAAGACAGAUUCAUCAGUAAGAUGUUCCUUAGGGGGGAUUCUGUUAUAAUUGUUCUCAGAAAUCCCAAGUAGAGUAUCACACUUGGUAGUGUCAGCUUUGAAACUUCCUGACAAAAAUUCGAACUUUGCCCAAGUCUCCGAAUUUUUCCUAUCUGCGUCCGCUUUCAUUCAAAGCCUUCAACGUGAACCCCAACACUGCUUUGAGUUACUGAAGCUACUGUAUGGAGUAUUCUUAUGGUUGUAAAUGACAAAUUCUAGUGAACCUGAUUGAGGCCCUUUUGACACGUGAAUUGUUAUGAGAUAAUUUGUGAAUGAAUAGCUGAGAUCUAGAGAUGAUCUAUGAAAUGAUUGGUUUGAAGUUCACAGCAAAAAUCCAAUCUAAUGCCCAAGUUUUAGUUUGAUUUUCAA